ACCCUUCGCGCCGCCGCAGCCUCCAGUCUCCUCGCCUCCUCUCCUCCCCUCACCUCUGAAGCCCUAAUCCCCAACCAGCCAUGGCGGAGCGCGGUGGCGAGCGUGGCGGCGAGCGCGGCGGGUUCGGCCGUGGCUUCGGGCGCGGCGGUCGCGGCGACCGCGGCGGGCGGCGCGGCGGGCGCCGUGGGCCGCGCCAGGAGGAGGAGAAGUGGGUGCCCGUCACCAAGCUCGGCCGCCUCGUGAAGGAGAGCAAGUUCACCAAGAUCGAGGAGAUCUACCUCCACUCCCUCCCCGUCAAGGAGCACCAGAUCGUGGAGACCCUCGUGCCGGGGCUCAAGGACGAGGUGAUGAAGAUCACGCCCGUGCAGAAGCAGACCCGCGCCGGGCAGCGCACCCGCUUCAAGGCCUUCGUCGUCGUCGGCGACAACAACGGCCACGUCGGCCUCGGCGUCAAGUGCGCCAAGGAGGUGGCCACCGCCAUCCGCGGCGCCAUCAUCCUGGCCAAGCUCUCCGUCGUCCCCGUCAGGAGGGGCUACUGGGGUAACAAGAUCGGGCAGCCGCACACCGUGCCCUGCAAGGUCACCGGCAAGUGUGGCUCCGUCACCGUGCGCAUGGUGCCCGCGCCCAGGGGUUCCGGUAUUGUCGCCGCCCGUGUGCCCAAGAAGGUGCUCCAGUUCGCCGGCAUUGAAGAUGUCUUCACCUCGUCACGUGGAUCCACCAAGACCCUUGGCAACUUCGUCAAGGCCACCUUUGACUGCCUGAUGAAGACUUAUGGCUUCCUUACUCCUGACUUCUGGAGGGACACCAAGUUCGUCAAGUCACCAUUCCAGGAGUACACCGAUCUCUUGGCCAAGCCAACUAAGGCUCUUUUGAUUGAUGCUCCUGUUGAGAACAUAGAGGCUUAGGAUGGCAAAGUAAAGAGUCUUGCUAGCUCGGAGUUGUGUGAUGCACUUUGUUUUACUAUAGUUAAGAACCUAUUGUCAUCGUCGGAUUAUGCUGCGUCUGGAUGCCUCUAUUUUCUGUCAAGUUUUGGAUCAUGGUACUAUGAUACUGUUUUUAUCAAUGAAUGCUGCAUAACUAUUAUCUUAUCAA